AUAAUUCAGAAUCCCCGAAGCCAACACAGACUCUUCACAUAACGGCGAUAGAUCUCCGGAACCAAAAGCUAAAAAAUCAACAUCACCGGAGGCGACCGAAGAUUAUAUCUCAUCAGCACUGGCUACCAUGUCAACCGAAGUCAUUCAGCCCGUUGACUACACGGCUAAGGACUCAGCACAGCCGAAUGCAGUCGAAACUGAUGCGACGCAGCCUGAAGCCUCUGAUGCGACGCAGCCUGAAGCCUCUGAUGCUUCCUCAGCCAGUGAUAUAACGCCGUCGGUUACUCUUGGAAACAAACCAAAUCUAUGGGACGAAGCAUACGAUAGCCUCAAAACCGAAUACCCAGAUUUACUAAGUAGCUACGAGGCGAUCCUGGCAAUAUGGAUGGAGGGAGAACCUCGGAGCUUGGAAUUGAGGCGUCCUUCAAUGACCCGGGAAAACAACAUUGACUCCUUAGAUCUACAGAACAGAAGAGCGCAAAUGCAUAAAAUAGUGGAUAUCUGGCUUUCCAAAACGGACGAAGUAACGGACUACACUUCUAUUCAGAACUUGAAGAGUACUUUUCGAUCGAUGAAUGUGGACUACCCAGAAAACGCAUUGGUGUGGGCGGCGGUCUGCGUGUCUUUACAAGGGAUUCUCGAUUCCAAGUCCCGCCCAGAUUCCAUUGUCGCGGGGGUCGUUUAUGUCCUGUCUAGAAUGGCAUGGUAUAGCAUUCUACCACAGCUUCUCAUUCAAGACGAGAAAAAUACUACCGGAGACUGCUACUCUACAGAGCAAGGGAUCCUUAGGAGUAGGAUAGUUGAUGUUUACAAGGCGAUACUUUCCUAUCAGAUCAAGAUCGUAUGUUCUCAGAGUCCUUAUUCGUCGGAUCUUGUCGAUUUGAACGACCUAAGUCAAGCAAAUAUUGUGUCUGCUGAAGAAGGGCUGUCUACAUUUAGUGGACAGCAGGUAGAGACUCAAAUCAAACAACUGCUUGAAUCACUCCAAAAUUCCGAUGAGCAAAGCGAUAGUUCUACUGAUGAAGAAGAGUCUAAUACAAGAACGGACACUGGAAGCGAAGAUGAGGUACCCAUCCUUGAUACGAUUGGCCGGCAACAUAAUAUUCCUAAUCCAGAAGGGGGGUUAAAGACUACCUUGGAACGCCUCUUCGAUUGGGUAACCUCAACUAAAGAAUAUGAGGAAUUCGACAAGACCGCCCGCGUACUCUGGGUGUUCGGUGCUCUGGGAACCGGCAAGGCAAUGCUUGUUACCGCGAUCAUUCAUGGGUACUACUCUCAGGGACUGGGUGGAGGUGAUAGUCCUGAAUUACUAUCACACUUUCGUGGCAGUGAUCCAACUGAGCCAAAGAAUGCCGCAUGGGUGCUAAGAAGCCUUAUCGGCCUCACUCUAGAUAGUCAGCCGUCCCUAAAGAAUCACUUUGUCGAGGCGAGAAAACGAACGGAGAGAAAAGGUUUCGACGAGCCGACCGACUUCUACGCUCUCUCAAUUAUAUUCUAUAAUAUAAUUCAGGAUGAGAAAUUCGCCAAUACGCUUUUUAUAGUUGAUGGGGCUGGCGAGUAUAAUUCUACUCAAAUAACUGCCCUUUUGAGUUUAAUUAGUGCAUCUUUAGGAUUGUCCUCCAAAGUCAGAUGGCUAGUAUCUUUGGGCAGGGAAAAGAGCGAAUUGUGUUUCCCAGGACAAGUCGAUCUCUGUCUUGACUCUUAUAGCGAGGAGUUAUCGGCCAUAUUCCGUGAGCAUUACAUUCCUUCCGAAGUGAGUGAACUUGUGCAAUGUGGCAUGCACUUCAAAGGAGACCUCGAAACUGAAGUCAUACGAUGUCUACGUGACUCCUCGCCUUGGAAUUACCUAUGGAUCGAGAUAGCAUGCGAAGCUAUCAAGCAGAAUGAUUCUUGGCAUGCUCCCAAGAUAAUUCGUCAGUUACCGGCCGAUAUUGAGUCGUUAUAUACCCAUAUGAAGAAAAGUAUUAAAAAGCUAUACUCGACAGAUCCGGAUUACUGUAACCAAAUAUUAUUGGUCAUGGUCGUUGCAUACAGACCUCUUCCAAUCUUAGACCUUGAGGAACUUGUGGACCUACCGCCCGAGGUUAAUCUUUCGAUACUAGUCAAUAAGGGGUGCUUCUCAUUCUUAAAGGCAUACGACGACGUUAUAUGCUUCAGGCACCAGUCUGCUAGAGACUUUAUUGAACGAGAAAUGUCGGAUAAAAUCCAAGAUACCCACUGGAAGAUCGUACGAUGUAGUUUUCGUUCUCUAUCUCGAUCAUGGGGGGGAUCCCCAGGAGAUUCAUCUCAAGACCAUCCAGAGAGCUUAAGGAAGUCAACGUCCUAUAUAGCAGUGUUUUGGAUCAAGCAUCUCUGCGAAAGUCACAUUACUGACGAAGUUAGAGACACGGUUAUUCACUUUCUCACCGAAUACCCCUUGAAAUGGUUGGAAUUGUUGUCAUCAACAGGGCAUCUGUCACGAGCGCUGAGCCUUAUCCAAGAACUCGAAACUGUAUGGAAGAGAAAGGCGAAGUCUGAUAAAGACGAAUCUAGCAACAUAAAGCAUAUACUUGAAUUUAUUUUCGAGGCGCGCCAGUUAUUCCUUCUUCAUCAAUCAAUCGGAUGCUCCCAAAAACUUAGAGCACAGAAUACCCUCUUAUUCUGCCCCAGCAACAGUAAAUUAAGAAAGCGGCUACUCCCAACUGAGUUUCCAGAGCUAGUGGUUCCGCCAGCAUUAGGAAAGGACUGGGGUCUUGCCAUGCGUGUUCUCCGAGGGCACACUGAUUAUGUCCGUUGCUGCGCGCACUCCCAUAGCGGCGAACUUUUAGCUUCAGGAUCUGACGACGGCUCUAUCCGCAUUUGGGACACAAGGACAGGAAACUUGCAACACCUUCUGGAACUCAGCAACUGGGUUCAUCAUGUUGCAUUCUCCUCCAAGGGGGUUCUAGCGGCGUCAACCGCACACACAAUCAAAUUUUGGGACGUCACCACAGGAGUGCUAAAAGAAACUCCAAGUUAUUCUAAUAUAUUCGGUGACACGGGCGCGUCUGGGAUAUCAGACUUCGACUUUUCAGCUGAUGGGAAUAUGCUAGUUGCAUGUUCAGGGAGUACUAUCGUCACCUGGGAUUUUCUCUCUUGCUCUAGAAGGAUAUGGAAGAAUCCCGACUCCGCGAUCUUUAAUGUGAGCUUCUCAGGUGAUGGAGCCUUAUUUGCGUCUGCAUCGGAGAAUCAUGUCAUAAUAUGGGACGUAAAAAGUGAAGAGAAGUUAAAGGAUCUCCCAGCACCAGAUGGCAUGACUAUCAUUCGGGCUGGAAUUACUUUCUCCGCUGACUCAAAAUUUGUUGCUACUGGUACGGACCAGGGCACAGUGCUCAUUUGGGAACUACUAUCGGAAAAUCCGCCCACUAGACUUGAAGGCCAUACUGAUAGCAUUAGCGCGGUCUCGUUCUUUCCUGAAGGCCUACGUUUGGCUUCAGCAUCUCAAGACACAACAAUUAGAAUCUGGAAGGGACCUUACAAUGGUGCGUCGAAAGUCUCCGAGCAGAUAAUACGUGGGCACAGGGAAGCUGUGAGGGGUCUGUCAUUUUCCCAAACACAAAGGCACCUCGCUUCCUGUUCAGACGAUGAAACUCUUUGCAUCUGGGAUUACGAUACCGACGAACCUAUAGCCGAAACCGACGACGGGACUCUCUGGCGAGAUCAGCCACAUAUGCAACCUAUUAGCGUCAUAACAUCUUCAGACGACGGUAAUGUGAUAGCCUCGGCCGAUGAGGAUGGACUGAUUUGUCUUUGGAAUGGAAUUACGGGCGAAUUUCAACAUAAGCUAGAGGGUCAUGGUAGUAAAGUUAGAUCUAUUAUGAUCUCACACCAUGCAAAUCUAUUAGUUUCGGCUUCCAAUGACAGAACUGUUAGAAUCUGGGACACGAAUAAUGAAUCCAAGCCGCGCAUACUUCACGGCCAUGAAGACUGGGUUAGGAGUGCUGUGUUUUCAUAUGACGAGCGAUUCGUAGCUUCUGGAUCUGACGACAGGACGAUUCGAAUAUGGAAUGUUGCAAAUGAAAUUAUCCCGGAAGCCAAAGGGACAAAUACUUCGGGGAAUGACAAUGCCGACCAAGAGGGCCUAAUAGUAUAUAAGCACAAAGAUUGGGUUAUGUCUAUCGCGUUUUCUAGCGACGGAAAUUACUUGGCUGCUGGGGGAGACGAUGGUCAUGUGCUACUUUUGAAACUGCAGAAUGGCCAGUGGAACGUGGUAGAGUUACAAGAACCCGAUGUGGAAGAAGAUGAUGACGGGUGGUAUAGUGCAUUAGCAGUGGCCUUCACUCCGAAUUCUGGUCUUCUCAUCGCAUCUUCAUAUAAAGUAGUGAGGGUAUGGAAUGUUGAAACCCGCGACAGGGUACGGGUGUUUAGGACUACAACGAUGUUCUGCACUAUGCAUACUAACCCUACGUAUCCUGAGUACUUUAUCACCGAGAUGGGGCCCUUCCUAAUUAACCCCCCCGCCGGUUCAUCCAGUUCAAGUUCCAUCGAGUCAAUCGAGUGGUAUCCUUACAGCUUUGAACCUGACCAGGGCCAGAUUAUCUAUAAAAAUAACACGUUAUUCGUGUUGCCUGAACAGUAUCGACCUACGUCGUCGUCCGUGGCAGUGAGUAUGGGAAGGGAUAAGGUUGUGAUCGGAAGCCGAUCAGGGCUCGUGUUAUUUUUUAUAUUCAAAAGGACGAAACCACUGUAA